GAAUCCAACCGGAGGGAUUGUGUUGAGACUUGAGAAUUAUCCUCGUGGCCUGCUCUGCCUUGGUCUCCUCUCCCACCCCAGAACAGACCAGACGAGACCGGAACCGACCACACCGGGUCAGACCAGACCAGAUCAGAUCAGACAGGCGGGGAGAGGCGUUGCAGUCGACCGGCUUCCUUUCGUUGCUUUGGCUUAGGAAUCACCAAACCAAAGCUUUUCAGUGUGCGAGCGUGCGCCGGCAAGGUGCGUUGUGUUCCUCUGUCUGCAACGCUCUGGAAGAAAACGACCUAGUGAGGGAGACGGAUCACCGUCUUUCUUCCCUCCCCUCCUUUCUUUUUCUUAUUACUUUUCCCUUUAUCGUUCAAAGAAAAGGGCGCUUUGUUUUUUCCUCAUUUCUGGAGUUGAUUUUUGUUGCUCUGGUUUCACAAGCAGGAAAAUAUCAAGUGUUUUGCCUCUUCAGAUUUGUGGUUUCUCCCUCUUGGAUAUUGUGUCACACCCCUGUCUCUUCCCGGCUUGUCUCUGCCCGUCUCGACCGAUUAAGGGGGGUGCUCCCUUUGGGGUUCGAAAAUUUCUGUGCGCUAUUGCCCUAGUUCAUUGCUCUGGAGAUUGGGGCAUGUCGAUAUCUGGUAGAUUGUGUGAUACCAUUUACCGUUCUGCGCUCGUGGGCAUCAUCUCAGGUGAUUGAGGAAGACCCGCUUUGGGGGUUUCUCGUUUUCCAACACAGUUCAUCGUUCCAGGAAUUGGCUUGUCUACUAAUGGCUAGGUUCUCUACCUGAGGGAGGCUUAUUAGGGUUUUGGCCGGAAGAGAGAGGCAAUAGUGAUGAUCAAACAGAUACUUGGAAAACUCCCACGCAAGCCGUCAAAAUCGGCGGAGAAUAAAGAGACAGGGGCAAAUGCAGCCUUUCCUCUCUCCAAUUCGUCAAAGAACUCGAGAAAUAAUGAUUCUGCAGGUGUACGGCAUGUCAGUUCAGCGGCUGUUAAUUCGUCUUCUGUUCCACGAGUCAACGACUCCAUCUUGAAUCGGGACCCUGGGGUGAAUUUGGAACCAGCUUUGAGCAGUAAACUCCCAUCCAUUGAUCACAUGAAUGCUAGGAAAGGGAAUGAUUACUCGGUCGGAAAUUACCAAGCUUUGCCAGCCUUCAGGGAUGUUCCAAGCUCUGAGAAACAGAAUUUGUUUAUCAAAAAGUUGAGCAUGUGCUGUGUUGUGUUUGAUUUUUCUGACCCGGCCAAGUUCUCGAAGGAGAAAGAUAUCAAGCGGCAGAUGCUGCUUGAGCUCGUGGAUUACAUUGCCGCAGCUAAUGGCAAGUUUACUGAGGUUGUAAUGCAGGAGAUCACCAAAAUGGUAGCUGCCAAUUUGUUUAGAACGCUUCCAUCUUCACCUCAUGAUAGCAAGCCAGUGGAAUUAUUUGAACUGGAAGAAGAGGAGCCCAUGAUGGAUCCUGCAUGGUCACAUUUACAGAUUGUGUAUGAGUUCCUGUUGAGGUUUGUGACGUCACCAGAGAUGGAUGCGAAAUUGGCCAAGAGGUAUAUUGAUCAUUCUUUUGUCCUUAGGUUGUUGGACCUUUUUGAUUCUGAGGACCCCAGGGAAAGAGACUACUUGAAGACCAUUCUUCAUCGAAUAUAUGGUAAAUUUAUGGUACAUAGGCCAUUUAUUAGGAAGGCGAUAAACAACAUAUUCUAUCGAUUUAUUUUUGAAACUGAGAAGCACAAUGGGAUCGCAGAGCUUCUGGAAAUUUUGGGUAGUAUCAUUAAUGGGUUUGCGUUGCCUUUGAAGGAAGAACACAAGUUAUUCCUUGUACGUGCGCUAAUUCCACUUCACAAACCAAAGUGCAUUGCCAUGUACCAGCAACAGUUGUCUUACUGCAUUGCACAAUUCGUCGAGAAGGAUUGUAAACUUGCUGAUACGGUAAUAAGAGGUUUGUUGAAGUACUGGCCAAUCACUAGCAGUUCUAAGGAAGUUAUGUUCUUGGGUGAGCUUGAGGAGGUACUGGAAGCAACUCAGGAGGCAGAAUUCCAGAGGUGCAUGGUGCCAUUGUUUCGCCAAAUUGGGCAUUGCUUAAACAGCUCACAUUUUCAAGUUGCUGAACGGGCUUUAUUCUUGUGGAACAAUGAUCAUAUUGUUAAUCUGAUUAAGCAAAACAGAAAAGUGAUACUUCCCAUUAUCUUACCAUCUUUGGAGAAAAAUGCUACGGGUCAUUGGAAUCAAGCAGUUCAAAGUCUGACACUAAAUGUGAGGAAGAUCUUCAUGGACCUGGAUCCUGACCUGUUUGACGAGUGCUUGAUCAAGUUCCAGGAAGAUGAAGCAAAGGAAAAAGAGGUUCAAGACAAGCGUGAAGCCACAUGGAAGCGCUUGGAGGAGGUUGCUGCAUCCAAGGUGGUCAGUAAUGAAGCAGUUCUGGUCCCUCGGUUUCUGCCAUUUCAGACAGCUUCAAUCAGCCAAAGACCUUCUGCUGGGGGUUGAACAUUUUGAAAUAUUUUCAGUUGUCUCUCAGGGGAAAAUCCUAGGGAAGCGGCCAUGCUUGUGCCUUUUUUGAGUUAUCUGGUCUGGAGGAUGAAACAACAGUGUACAGGGAUCAGGUGUAUUUGAGGAUGCGUCGUUUCACUUCUCGGUUGCUAUUUUAUUUGUAAUCUAAACUGGAGGGACUGUAUAUAUUAUCUAUGCAUAUGAAGGCUGCCAUUUUAUCGUCUACAUUCUGCAAGAUGGCAAUAGAGUAACUUGAUGACGGACUUCAAGUUGUUGCAGUGCCGCUACUUAAAGAAGUACUGGGUUGGUUGAUUCAUUGGUUGUGGUUCCUUUUUGUCAACAUUCUAAGGGAUGGCUUGCUAUGGCUUGCUAGGCCAAAGCCGCUGGUCCUCUACCAUCUUCCAUUAAAUUUAUUUUCUUUGAUAUCAUAAUCAGAAUACUUGCUUUUUCUUUGUCGCUUUCUUA